UCAUAUACACAAGUUACUGAUUGUAAAUCAACUAUACCUCCUAAAUCCAAUAUAAAGCUUGGUGGUCUAUGCACGGAACUAAAUGAUCACUGUUUAGAUGUUGAUGCUAAAUGUGUGGAUGAUGGCGGAGGAAUCUUCACAUGCCGGUGUAUAUCGGACUUUCGUCAAAUAAAUGGAACAUGUAUUCAUCAGAUAAAGCUUGGUGGUCUAUGCACGGAACUAAAUGAUCACUGUUUAGAUGUUGAUGCUAAAUGUGUGGAUGAUGGCGGAGGAAUCUUCACAUGCCGGUGUAAAUCAGACUUUCGUCAAAUAAAUGGAACAUGUAUUCAUCUUACUGAUUGUAAAUCAACUAUACCUCCUCAAUCCUAUAUAAAGCUUGGUGGUCUAUGCACGAAACUAAAUGAUCACUGUUUAGAUGUUGAUGCUAAAUGUGUGGAUGAUGGCGGAGGAAUCUUCACAUGCCGGUGUAAAUCAGACUUUCGUCAAAUAAAUGGAACAUGUAUUCAUCUUAUUCCAAUUGGUGGUCUGUGUAUGGGAUUUAAGUAUCUUUGUGAAGAUAUCAAUGCACACUGUGUUGCUGAUGGUGGUGGUGUUUUCACGUGUCAAUGUAAAGAAACAUUCAUACCUUCCAAUGAUCCACCAAUAUGUACAAGUACUCAGUCGACCCCGCAACACAAUUCAACACAUAUUCCGCUUUUUGGUGAGUGUUCGGAAUUAAAUGAUACCUGUUCAGAUAGUGAUGCCGAAUGUGUGGAUGAAGAUGACGGACAUGGCGGCGGACAUAUGUAUAUGUGUCAGUGUAAAUACGACUUUAUAGAAAUAAAAGGAACUUGUGUUAAACUUAUUCCUAUUGAUGGUCUGUGUUUAGGAUAUGAGAAACUCGGGCUCUGUGCCGAUAGUAAUGCGCACUGUAUUGAUGAUGGUGGAGGGAGUUUGACGUGUCAGUGUAGAAAACCAUUUAUACCUGCCAAUGGUAAAUGUAAACAAAUUAUUCCUGUUGGUGAUCGGUGUGUAGGAUUAGAGCCUCUCUGUGCCGAUAGUAACGCACAUUGUAUUUAUGAUGGUGGAGAAGGUUUGACGUGUAAGUGUAGAGAUCCAUUUAUACCUGCCAAUGGUAAAUGUAUUCAAGGUCCACCCAGUAGUACAAGUACCCAAUCGAGUACACAUACAAAGACUUCACACGUCAGCAUCACAACAAUGACAACUACAAAACAAACAACAAUAACAUUAAUUCCAUUGGGCGAAUUUUGUUACCCGGGUUGGUCAAAUGGAGUUUGUUACGACCCCUAUUCUCGUUGCUUAAGUGCAGGAGAGGAAGUAUAUUUCUGCUCAUGUAUAUCUAGAUACCAUGACAUAAAUGGAACUUGUGUUUUAGUUCAAGACGUCACGACAAUGAAAACUCCACCAUCAACAACAGUAACAUUAAUUCCAUUGGACGGAUUUUGUUACCCGGAUUAUUCAACUGGAAAUUGUUCUGAUCCAAAUUCCAGCUGCGUGGACGGAGGAGAAGAAAUAUUUGUCUGCUCAUGUAUAUCUGGAUACAAUGGCAUAAAUGGAACUUGUGUUUUAGUUCAAGGUUCUACAGUGAAUCAUGUUACAACAACGUCAAGAACAAGUGCCCAUAAGACUACGAUGACUUCUCCUUCACAAAGAACACCAGAAAAUCCUCCAAAAUUUAGCUUAGACAAAGUUCAUGCAACUACAUCCAUUCAGGGACGGAUUUUAUAUCCACAAGAUUCUUUGAGUACUGCUGUCACAAUAUUAGUGGACGGUAAACCGACUCCAAGCUUUCACAUUUAUGGGACUUAUUUUUCCAUCAAUCAUCUUUCACCUGGUAUCUGUUAUGCCGUACAACUUGCUUUGGUAGUUAAUUCACUCAGCAGGAAAUCAGGGAUACAAACAGGAUGUACAUAUCCUGAUGCUCCGAACAAUUUGAAAUCACUACAACAAACUACAGAGAAAAUAGCACUUAACAUUACAAAAGGGUUAGGGCAUUUUGACCAUUUCAUAGUUUACGUAAAUGGCAAACAACAGGGUACAAUUCAAAAUUUAACAGGGCCAUUCAUUUAUUACGUUAUAAAUGGUUUAGAUGCCGGAAUGUCUUACACGGUAUAUGUUGUAGCAGUGGCCAAUGGGUUAAAUAGUGCAGCAUCUAAUACACUACAGACCCAAACAUAUCCGUUUCCACCAUCAAAGAUAGUGAUGAUAAGACAUGAUCACAAUUCAAUUGAUGUCAACAUCUUCAAAGGCCAUGGACAUGCCGACUAUUACAACGUUUAUUUAAAUGACAAGAAGGUCAAACAACUUGGAGUAUGUAAAUCCACAAUCAAUACAGUACUAUGUCAUAUAGAUAGCCUAAGUCCACAUACAUUCUACAGUAUUUAUGUUAUAGCUGUAUCAAAUGGGUAUAAUAGCACUCGUUCUCAAGAACUUCACAUACAAACAGAUGUAGCGGCAUCAAAGUCUCAUUUUUCGGCAGGUGUGAUUGCUGGUAUCUCUGUUGCUUGUAUUGUAGGGAUAUCUAUACUAUUAGCAAUAUCGUGGUUUGUUAUCAGGCCUAGACUCCUGAAAAGACGAUCAGAUCAACAGAUCUUACUUGGCAGUGAUAAUUUAUUAAGAAUGAACGAAGAUCGUUUAUGAUGGAACAGAACAACAUUCAUUGCCAAGUUUCUGCUAUAGAUCUGAAAUUCAACGAAAAGACGUUGUUUGAAAUGAUGACAUUAACAGGACAAGUCGUGCCUGUUUCGCACGAGAAACUACUAUGAACUUCAUUGUAAUAAUGUGUUGCUGGAAUCAAUCUGAA